AUGGACCACUGCGCGUUAAGUGGACAAGAGAGGAUUAUUAUGUUCCAAGUAGUUUGGGGGGGCCGGGAGCUAAGAGACACGAGGCGCCUCCUAAAGCCCGACUACGCGGAUCGUUGGUUUCCGCCAGCUUUCUCUGACAGGUCUCAGGGCGUAAGAUUGCAAGUGAAUCCGGCGGCGAAUCUAGCGAAGCUUAUUUCGUAUCACGGUAACCCGAGAGCUGCUGUUACCUAUUUUGAGACGGUGAAAGAACGUGGCCUUUUGACCGCUAGUGGCAUCUCGCUCCACGUAACGGCACCUUCACACACGACUGACACCUCUCCGUUCCUGUAG